AUGGAGUAUUUUAUAUCUAUGUAUUCAUAUGUAGAUUAUGUAAUUUUUAAUAUACACAGCGCAGUCAAUAGGUUUCAAAAAGAAAAUGAUGAAGUUUUAAAAGCUCAAAAAGCACGCGAUAUUGGAGGGCCGACGAUAUUUGAUAAAAUUAUUAAUAAAGAAAUUAAGGCAGAUAUAAUUUACGAGGAUUCCGAUUGUCUUGCUUUUAAUGAUGUUAGCCCUCAGGCCCCCGUACAUUUUUUAGUAAUACCGAAAAGAAGAAUUUCCAUGUUGGAAAAAGCAGAAGCCUCCGAUGAGCAAAUUUUGGGAAAACUUCUUAUUGUAGCAAAAACGUUGGCCUCAGAAAAAUUAAAAGAAGGUUUUAGAGUCGUUAUAAAUAACGGUGUUCACGGAAGUCAAAGUGUUUAUCAUUUACAUUUACAUGUUUUGGGUGGUCGGCAAAUGAAUUGGCCCCCAGGAUAG